AUGUACGGACGACGAGGCAGGAGACCUAAUGUAGGUCGCGACGGCCAAGGCAUCGCGUUGAUGCUCACGCUUGUGCAACAAAUUCAUCAGCUGGAGCGUAAACCGCCCGUCACUCUCGGACUCAUAGCUUUGAUGUACGGGAUUCAUUUUCAAAAAGGGCAGACACCUGAACUCUUUUCCUCGUACUCUUUAUGCCCUGACAAAGUCCUCAACCGCUGGGACUUGAGCCGCGUUGUGGUGUCAGGACUUCUUCACGUGGAUGAUUGGCAUCUAUACCACAACAUGGCAUCCUUUUUGUGGAAGGGAUACAAUCUUGAGUACAAAUUGGGAAGCGUGCGAUUCCUACUUACGGUUGGUGGCUUGCUUGUAUUGUGCCAUUUAUUUGUAGUUGUGGUGGCACUUGCACUUGCGAAAGGAUUUCAGAUACCAGGACCUUUGCACCAGUGCAGUGUUGGAUUCUCGGGUGUGAUUUUUGCACUGAAGGUGCUUCUGAAUCAUAAUUCGCCCGCUUUCUCAUCUUUGUACGGCUUUCAAGUGCCUACAAAAUAUGCCGCAUGGCUGGAAUUAGUGGUAAUUCACUAUAUGGUACCAAGAAGCUCAUUUAUCGGCCACAUGUGCGGUAUUCUUGCAGGAUAUAUCUUUCUUUACUUUCCAGCAAUACAGUCAGCUGCCAUCGCACUGAGCCGAAAUUUUAAAGCGAUGGCUGACCCGAUCAUCAAACGAUAUUUUGCUGGGAUAAAUGCUCACUAUCCACUAUUUUCAAUCGGGCGGCCACCUUCCUCUUUCAAGACCGACAAAGAGCUAGCUCAACGCCUUCAGGAAGAAGAAUAUCGCUCAUAUCAAGCUCGACGAUUGCACCAGGAAGACUCUGGUUACGUUAGCCCAAGUGAAGUUCGACGCAGACGAUUAUCUCGCUUCAGCAACAAUUGA